AUGGUCAAUCCGCUUCAAGCCACCGAUCAUCCUUCAACCAUCAACAUGUCGCCGGCCAGUCUCACUCCCUUCGGCCCGGUCGAGCGAGACUCAGUCAUCAUCCGAUCACUCUCGGUGAUCCCGAGGAUUGGCGAUCAGAAAUCCUCAGAGCAAGAACACCAGCCAGCCCUACUCCAUCUGAGGGUGAUCCCUUGGGAUGGCUUCUCGGGCUCGAUCAAGCAUGACCGACUGUGCUCAGACACGCUCUCCUACUUCGACCUCUCCAAAAGAAUCAUCAGCAGACUCAGUCACGAACUCCCCUUUCCAUCAGUCCACCAUCUACUCGACGAACUCCAACUCAGCAUCCUACGGGAUAUCGAAGAGCAACAAGCCCUCAAUGGGGCCAGACUAAUCUCCCCCUCUCCUCAUCCUCCAAGAGUCGACUACGAACUCACCAUCGAAUUCCCUAGCCUCAUCAGUCUUGCCAACCGGCUCUCACUCUCCAGAUCUACCACCUUCCCUGAUCUGACCAGGAUUCACAUCGACGAAAUCAAAACUUACUCAAUCAUCGGCAUCUUGCCCCACGAACGCACUCAAAAACAAACGAUGCUCAUCAGCUUGGUUCUAUGGAACCAGCAAUCCUCUCCACUUGACAUCCAGAGCCUAACCCGAUCAGUCUAUCAAAACAUUAUCGAAAGUGAAUUCCAUACCGUCGAAGCAUUAGCAAAUUCAAUUGCAAAACAUGUGUUGAAUUUCCAAGGAAGUCACCCACCCUCAACCCCGAAAUCGAUCGAAAGAGUCACCGUAACAGUCGAGAAACCUGAGGCGGUCAGUUGUGCUGCUGGUGUCGGCGUUCAGAUCACUCGAUCAUCAAAUUCACAAUGACCAAAACAACAAAGAAAGAAAGAGAAUGUUCUCCACAAAGAAGAUCUAUCAUCGGAUUCUCUUUUGAAUAGAUCUUUCUGCUCUCAGUAUUGAGAGAACUGCAUGUCACCUUCAACAACAAUCGGUCAUUAGCCAAGCUUAUCCAACCCGAUUCGAGCUAAUGGGCUGUUUGUGAACCCCAUCUACGGACAAACCAGCUUGACCAUGAAGAAUCAAACAAUUGUUUCUGAGCAUCGAAAGGUCCAGCUUACAUCAUAGCUACAUCACCCUACUUGCUGACUUUGCUACUUGCAGAGAGAAUCCCAUGCCAAACAAAGGAUUUGGGUAUCACUCCUGUGAAGAACCUCCUAGAAAAUUAUAGCACAUUGCUCCAGGGUCUGUGUCACCCAACAGGUGGUUUUGUUUUGUUUUUAAUGCUCACAAUCAAAGUUUCUGAAUUAUAGAAUAAUAAUAAUAAUAAUA